AUGCAGUGCUUAUUUACAGUUUUUUUACACGGCAGAGCACUGGAGAUAACCAGGAGUUACAGAAGUCAACGCAAGCGGUUCUUCAGUUCGGCGGCUGAAGUUGAUUAUUGCAGCCUCCAUCCUCCAUCUUUCGCUUCCUCGGAGGGUCUGGAUCAGCAAGAGAAAACGGAUCAAGACUGCUGCAUAUCUUGUGAGGCGACUCUGUGCGCGGCGCCGACGCGGAUGCCACAUCUGGAGGACGGCCUCCCCCAUCUCCCGGCGCGGGGAGCGCCCCUUGGCGGCAGCCAGGAGGGCUCCCAAGCUAUCGCCCAAGCCCAGCACGGCACCAAUUUAAUGGGGAUGCAUGGAUAA